CAGCAUUAUAUCGUUUAUUUAGGAUCGUUCGAUGGUGGCCGUCCUUCACGAGAUGAUCCCGAAAUUGUAACAAGAUUACACGAAGAUAUGAUUUCCUCUGUCUCAAAGAGGAACGGAAGUUCUGAAGACCCUUCGAAGAAGCUAAUCUACUCUCACACAAAAAUAUUUAACGCUUUUUCUGCAAUUCUACACGAAGAGGAGGUUGAGGAACUUAUAAGUAAUAGAUUAAUAAAAUCAUGUUUCAAGCUUUGUUUUAAAAUUUUCGAAUUUACAUCACAAAAUGUACGUACCCUAUUUCACUAUUUUUUUAAUGGCAUGCAGAGCACCCCCAUGUUAUAUCGAUUUUUGAAAAUUGCAACGUUAGACGACAAACAACUCAUUCGUGGGAGUUCUUAGGAUCAAUGCAACAUCAAAAUACCUCUACUAAUAAGGAAUCAAUUUGGGAAAAAGCAAACUUUGGAGAGGACGUUAUUAUAGCAUGUUGUGACACCGGCAAGUUUCGAUAACUUGCAUUCUAAUUACUCCCUCCGUCCCGGAAUACUCGACCCGGUUUGACCGGCACAGAGUUUAAGUGACUUGAAUUGACUUAUUUAAUUUAAUAGGUAGUAGUUGAUAGUAGGGUAUUAUUUUAAUGUAGUUAGUGGGGGGUGAGUUAAGAGGUGGGGUUGGGGGAGAGUAAGAGUUGAAUUUUUAAUUAUUUUUUGUAUGGAGUAGGGGGUAGGUGGGUUAAUAGGGGUGGAGUGAGAAAUAAUAUAAUAUUGUUAGAAUAUUUCCAUUUUUAGAAACAGGUCAAGUAUUAAGGGACGACCCGAUAAGGAAAACAGGUCAAGUAUUCCGGGACGGAGGGAGUAGGAUUUUUCUAUAAUGACAUUCUUAAUUAGACCAAGAGUGAUGGAUAGCUUAGUUGGUUAGAGCUUCCAUCUCAGUUUCAGGUGAUCCUGAGAUCGAUUCUCAUUUCCGCCCUUGUGGCUCAUUCGCACCAAAAACAACAUUCUUAAUUAGACCAAUUAAUUAACCGCGUUUUAAUAAUAUAAUUCGUGAUGAUAUAGGAGUUUGGCCUGAAUCUAAGAGCUUCUCAGACGAGGGGUUUAGUUCUGUUAUUCCCAAAAAGUUUAAAGGUGUAUGUUCUAACGGAAAUGAUACAACAUUUAAUGCAACAGGUAAGUACGUGUUUUUAUACGGCAUAAAUUCUUAUUUACAUGGGUGUACGAUAAAUAUUGUACAUCGAAGUUAAAGUUAAUGUAAAAUGCUUAAAAGUAACACUUAUAUAAGUAAAAGUUAUCUAUUUUUUACUGAUAAAAUUUUCAUUUUAAUAAAAAAAAAUUCUUCAAAAUCACUACAAAAUUUAUCAUUUAGCCCUAUCAAAUGUUUAUCUAUCAACUUUUUUUUUUAAUAAUAUAAAAGUUAGAGAAAAAUGGGUAAAAGUUAUGUUGAUAUAUAAUAAAUUUAUUGUAAACCUUGUGCAUGGAAAACAUUUUGUCUAUACAGACCUUUUGUGGUACGUAGAUGAGUAACUUACACGUUAUAACGAAUUUCUUGUGAGUUGUGAUCGAUAAUAGAAAGCUUAUUGGAGCAAGAUACUUCCACAAAGGGUUUCUCGAAUUUUUAAAAUUAAAUAAACUCUCCUUCGACGCGAGUUUGAGCCCCCGUGACAUGGGCGGGCAUGGGUGGCACACGUUAUCCACCGCCGGUGGAAAUGUUGUCUCGAAAGCGGACGCGAUGUCUUUAACUUCGCUAGGGCUAAAAAAUAGCACCGUAAAGGGCGGAGCACCGAAGGCGAGAGUGGUUGCUUAUAAGGUGUUGUGGCCGGAAGCCACCGCUGGCGGUUUCGGGGAAGGAAAUGUAAUGGAUUGCUUGGCAGGUGUUGAAGCUGCAAUUUCUGAUGGAGUUGACAUUAUCAAUUUAUCUUUGGGACCCAUCGUUGCCCAUUCCGGAGAUGAUGAAGAUUUUUAUUUAGGUGACGCUUUUUCAAUUGCUGCCUUCCAUGCUAUGGCCAACGGCAUCCUAGUGGUUGCCGCCGCCGGAAACGACGGGCCAACCCCUGGGUGUGUAACCCAUGUUGCCCCUUGGACGCUCACCGUUGGUGCUGGUACUAUUGGUAGAGAGUUUAUUUGUGAUAUUAUCUUGGGCAACAAACAAAAGAUUAGGGCUGCUCGGUUUCUGAAUGGCAAUGAUACCGACAUAAACGAUACUUCAUUUUACCCUCUAAUUACAGGUGCAGAUGCCCGGCGGGGCACAACUGACUUGACUAGCGCAUCACAAUGUAAUGCGUUAACUCUUAAUCCAACGAAGGUGAGGGGGAAGAUUCUAGUCUGUAUGGUGGAAGAUCCUAGCAGCAUAAAAGAAAAGGAUGAUAAAAACAUUGCGGCAAGAAAAGCUGGUGCCCUUGGCCUCAUCAUAGCAACCAAAACUGCUGGAACUGAAAGGCUAAAAGACAUGAUGCAUCCAUUAGCUACCGCGCAGAUUAACUACAAAGAUACCCAACUUCUUCUCUCCUACAUCAACUCCACAAGAGAUCCAACCGCGCAAAUUACUAAAGCAAGAACAGAGAUGGGGAUAAAACCUGCUCCAGUAAUCCCCGACUUCUCAUCCAGGGGUCCUAACGUAAUCACCCCUGAUAUUCUAAAGCCUGAUGUGAUAGCUCCCGGAGUAAGCAUUUUUGCUGCUUAUACAGAGGCUAAAACCGUUUUCUUGCCUGAUAAAUUUCUACCACUAUCUGGGACAUCGAUGUCAGCUCCUCAUAUCGCCGGUGUUGCUGCUCUUCUUAGAAAAUUGCAUCCUCAAUGGAGCAUAUCCGCCAUCAAAUCUGCAAUCAUGACUACAGCAAGAGCAGUAGACAACAACGAGAACCCAAUACGUACAGAUGACAUGGUGAAUGGAGCCACACCAUUUGGUUACGGGUCGGGCCUCGUACAACCCAACCUAGCCAUGGACCCUGGCUUAGUUUACGACUUGAAUCUCUCUGACUACCUUAACUUCCUCUGCGCACACCAUUACAACUCCUCAUCACUCAAACUCUUCACCAAACAACACAAUUACACGUGUCCCGAAUCGUUCAGUCUCUUGGAUUUCAAUUACCCUUCCAUCACCAUUGCUGAGUUCUCAGGCGCUGCAACUGCUACGCGGAAGUUGAAAAAUGUUGGAGAAUCCGGCACAUAUACUGCGCGCGUAGAAGCGCCACACGGGGUCUCGAUUGUAGUGGAGCCUAAGACUUUGGUUUUCUCUAGAAAGGAUCAAGAGAUUGGGUUUAAACUUAUUUUUACUGGUAAUGUUAGUCAUCUUCCUAGGGAUUAUAGUUUUGGAAGUUUGGUUUGGUCAGAUGGGAAGCAUAUUGUGAGAAGUCCUAUUACAGUGAAGGGUAAAUCUUCUGACGGAAAAGCACCAAGCAAAGCACCUUAG